AUGGAGAAGAUGGAGAUCGUCCACCAGAGGCCAGUGUGGUUUGUCUUUGUAACGGCCUGUCAUAAAGAUGUUAGGAACGACGCUGAGAUUUCUGACCGCUUCGUGCAGAGGUUGCAGGGAUCAACGUGCUGCUCGGCUGAUCGCACCGGACACGCGAGGCAGAGGCUGUCUGAGGAGGAACAUGGUGCAGUGAAGAAGCACAGGAAGAAGCACAGGAAGAAACACAGGAAGAAGCACAGGAAGAAACACAGGAAGAAGCACAGGAAGAAACACAGGAAGGCACAUAGGAAGAAGCACAGGAAGAAGCACAGGAAGAAACACAGGAAGAAGCACAGGAAGAAACACAGGAAGAAGCACAGGAAGAAACACAGGAAGACGCACAGGAAGGUGCACAGGGAGAAAUACAGGAAGGUGCACAGGAAGGCGCACAGGAAAAAACACAGGAGGGCGCACAGGGAGAAACACAGGAAGAAGCACAGGAAGGCGCACAGGAAGAAACACAGGAAGAAACACAGGAAGAAACACAGGAAGAAACACGAGAAGGUGCACAGGGAGAAACACAGGAAGAAACACAGGAAGAAACACGAGAAGGUGCACAGGGAGAAACACAGGAAGAAACACAGGAAGAAACACAGGAAGAAACACGGGAAGGUGCACAGGGAGAAAUACAGGAAGGCGCACAUGAAGGCGCACAGGAAAAAACACAGGAAGAAACACAGGAAGAAACACAGGAAGAAACACAGGAAGGCGCACAGGAAGAAACACAGGAAGAAACACAGGAAGAAACACAGGGAGAAACACAGGAAGGUGCACAGGAAGAAACACAGGAGGAAACACAGGAAGAAACACAGGAAGAAACACAGGAAGAAACACAGGAAGAAACACAGGAAGGUGCACAGGAAGAAACACAGGAAGAAACACAGGAAGAAACACGGGAAGGUGCACAGGGAGAAAUACAGGAAGGCGCACAUGAAGGCGCACAGGAAGAAACACAGGAAGAAACACAGGAAGAAACACAGGAAGAAACACAGGAAGGCGCACAGGAAGAAACACAGGAAGAAACACAGGGAGAAACACAGGAAGGUGCACAGGGAGAAACACAGGAAGGCGCACAGGAGGAAACACAGGAAGAAACACAGGAAGAAACACAGGAAGGUGCACAGGAAGAAACAUGUAAUCAUGUAA